AUGACCCGCGCCGACAUGGACGCGUGGGCGGCCGACCUGCGCCGCAGCGUCGGCGCCGCCACAGGAACCGACAACACCGGUGCAGGCCUCGUCAUCUACGUCGGCGACAUGCGCUGGGCCGUCGACAGUAGCAGCGACGACAGCGGCUUGCUGCGCACCUGGCCGCAGAGCUCGGCCGCCUGUUGUUUCCGCCUCCGCGCCGCAGACACGGGCACCGCCUGGCUGGUUUAG